AUGCAGGCAGGGUUCACCUUCGCAGCUAUAACGCACUACUCCUGCGUAGUAGGGGGCAGUAAUUCAUCUUUGCCAGGAAUGUGGGUUCGUUUUGUGUCAGACAUCUGAGUAACCGAGGAGAUGGUUUCUAAUUCCCUGAACGUAGACAGACAGCGGUGAAGAUUGUAUAAUUAUUGUAACUUUGUUAUGGUCGACUUGUUGACAAAAGCUUACAAUUUAAUCUAAAGAAGUUCGCUAACAGCGAGCCUGUGUGUAUUCGUACAUUGUUAUUUUAUCUUAGCUCACUAGCACAUUAGCUGGUAAGCUAACAUUAGCUAGCUAGCAAGCUAACUAGCUAACUAACUAAAUAGCUGAGCCCGGAUGCGGUGAACUACAACAAGACAAGUCUUUGGCCUUGGAAGAGUUGGGCAUCAGGCUUGAAUUAUGUCAAGCAACCGUCAACAGCAAACUGGCGGUGGAACGGGGCCUGGGACAAGUAGCAGCAGUACCGGUGGCACUACCAAUGCUAACGGUGCUACCAGCGUAGGCGGUAACGUCAGUACGAAUGUGAACAAUUCUUCAAAUGUUGUGCCCUCACGGACUCUGGCUACAACUGGCGAUGGGUUGCUCGUACCUGCAGCGGCUGUCCAGUCUCCAAUAAACUUAGCCACACUUAGUAGACCCAGUUCAUCCUCUUCUGGCACCAGCAGAAAACGUCCUCUCCACCAAGCACCUCUCUACAACGGUCUCUUGAAUUCCUACGAAGAUAAAAGCAACGAUUUUGUAUGCCCGAUCUGUUUUGAAAUGAUUGAGGAGGCACACAUGACAAAAUGUGGACACAGUUUCUGCUACAAGUGCAUUCGCCAGAGUUUGGAGGACAGCAAUAGGUGCCCAAAAUGUAACUACAUCAUUGACAACGUGGAUCAGCUCUAUCCAAACUUUCUUGUCAAUGAACUUAUUCUCAAACAAAAACAGAGAUCAGAUGAAAAACGGCUGAAGAUGGACCAUCCUAAUGGGUCAAGAUGGCAAGUGUUUCAAGACGUCCUGGGCACAGACCAAGAAAACCUAGAUCUUGCUAAUGUCAACUUGAUGCUGGAACUCCUUGUACAGAAAAAGAAACAGCUGGAAGCGGAAUCACAAGCUGCUCAACGUCAGAUCUUAAUGGAAUUCCUCAAAGAAGCAAGAAGAAAUAAAAGAGAGCAACUGGAGCAGUUGCAGAAGGAGCUAAACUUUUUGGAGGAGGAUAUCAAGCGUGUUGAGGAAAUGAGUGGACUGUACUCACCAAUGAGUGACAUGGAUCGUAAUUUGGACAGCACUGUGCCCAAUUUCGAGGCUCCCUCACCUGCACCUAGUAGUCUUAUGGAUUCGACAGAGUAUCCGAGUCAACCACCAGGUUUUGGUGGAACUUCCCAGGGUAAGAGGCAAACGUGGUACAACAGUACUCUGGCUUCACGUAGAAAGAGGCUCACAGCGCACUUUGAAGAUCUGGAGCAAUGCUACUUCUCUAACCGGAUGACCCGAUUAACAGAUGACAGCAGGAACCUAAGUCAACUGGAUGAUUUCAUGGAGUGUCUCUCAAAGUUCACACGGUACAACUCUGUGCGACCGUUGGCAACCCUGUCUUAUGCCAGUGAUCUCUACAACGGCUCCAGUAUUGUCUCUAGCAUUGAAUUUGAUCGUGACUGUGAUUACUUUGCCAUCGCUGGCGUCACCAAGAAAAUCAAGGUGUUUGAGUAUGGAACAGUGAUCCAGGAUGCUGUGGACAUUCAUUACCCUGUCAAUGAAAUGACGUGCAACUCCAAAAUCAGCUGUAUCAGCUGGAGCAGCUACCACAAGAAUCUGUUGGCUAGCAGCGACUACGAGGGAACAGUCAUCCUGUGGGAUGGUUUCACUGGCCAAAGGUCAAAGGUCUAUCAGCAUGAGAAAAGAUGUUGGAGUGUCGAUUUCAACCUCAUGGAUCCCAAGCUUCUAGCCUCUGGUUCUGAUGAUGCGAAAGUGAAGUUAUGGUCUACCAACCUUGACAAUUCAGUCGCCAGCAUCGAGGCCAAAGCAAAUGUGUGCUGUGUAAAGUUCAGUCCGACAUCGAGGUAUCACCUUGCUUUUGGAUGUGCGGACCACUGUGUCCACUACUACGACCUCCGCAACACUAAACAGCCCAUCAUGGUGUUCAAAGGCCACAGGAAAGCUGUGUCCUAUGCUAAGUUUGUCAACGGAGAGGAAAUUGUUUCUGCCUCAACAGACAGCCAGCUAAAGCUGUGGAAUGUAAACAAGCCCCACUGCUUGCGCUCAUUCAAGGGCCACAUCAAUGAGAAGAACUUUGUUGGCCUUGCCUCCAAUGGGGACUAUGUUGCGUGUGGAAGUGAGAACAACUCACUUUAUCUCUACUACAAGGGGCUUUCCAAGACACUGCUGACAUUCAAGUUUGACACUGUGAAGAGUGUGUUGGAUAAAGACAAGAAGGAGGAUGACACCAACGAGUUUGUCAGCGCCGUAUGCUGGAGAGCUAUGCCUGACGGGGAGUCCAAUGUGCUGAUUGCUGCAAACAGUCAAGGAACAAUCAAGGUACUUGAGCUUGUUUAAGGUCCAUCAGAUCUCAUCAAAGCCUCUGGAAAUUACGGCUCCAUUUCUUUCAUGGCCAGUCCGGGGAUUGGAGCGUAUAGUUUCUUGGUCGAAUAGAAACUUUGCAAUUCUAGAUCUGAGGAGCUGACCAGAUUGGGAGAAUGAAUAAAACCAAAGUCGUUUGAUUUUAAUGAGCAAGAAUACUUUGGAAAAGACUUUGUGUACAUCAUACACUAGGAUUGUGGAUGUAUGUAAUUCAGAAUGAGAUUGAGGGCUUUUCUGCACAAAAGUAGAAGAUUAAUCUUUUGAAAGCCUCUAUUUAAAUAAAGUUAAUGACUAAUAGAACAUCUCUUAACAUGAUUUGAAAUUGAAUGGAAAUGUUCUUUUUAAUAAACUUGUUAAGUAUAUUUCAUAAGAGGUACAUCCAGCAAGAAGGCCAAAGCACAAGACAAAACAAAAAUUAAAUGCAAAAUGACUCAUUGUAUGAAUGCAUUUUCAACCCAAUGUAUACAUCUGUCAUUUUCAAUAGUCUUUGGUUUACCCCUAUGUUUAGACUGUUUGAUGUUUCAAGCAAUGGCAACAUCUUUUAACUGGACUUGUUUUCAUUCUGCAAUCAAGCUUUCAGUGGCAUGGCUUAGAGUCAAGAAUUUUGAGUUUGAAAAUGCAACGGAAGAUUGACUAAUGACUCCUAGACAUUUCACUCAUGUUACAGUAUAUUUUUAUUUUGUCGGUGAACAUGUAUUUGAUAAUACAAAUCCUGUCUCCAAAAUACUUUAAUUUUGUAUUAAAUCAUGAUACAUGUUGCAACCAGAACACGUCCAACACGUGAAAUCAAGUGGAUUUUCUAGAAUGCCAAGAUGUACCUAUUUUCUGAGAAACAACCAAGCGAUGUUCUGUAUUUGUAUACCUAAAUAAAUUAUUUGCAGAGAACUUUA